GAGAAUUGAGCAGAUGUUGAAGAGAAAGAGGAAAAGAGAAGCAAAUGGCUGCUGACAAAGUGAGAGCGAGGCGAGGACCUUAAGAGACGAGGACAAGACAAAAGACAGACGAGUAAAUCCAAGGAGUUGACUUGGAAGAACAAACGAACAAGAAGAAAAUCUCACCACAAACAGAACUGAUAAGAUAUCGGUGAUCGCUCAGGAGAAGCUGUGAGACAACCAGGAGGCUGUUGUCAUCAUGGUGAACACUGGCAUGCAGCUGAUCAGCUUCACCUGCGCGGUGACCGGCUGGAUCAUGGCCAUCGCCGUCACGGCCUUGCCCCAGUGGAAGGUCUCGGCCUUCAUCGGCAGCAACAUCCUGACCUCGGAGAUCAAAUGGGAGGGCAUCUGGAUGAACUGCAUCUACCAGAGCACCGGUCACAUGCAGUGCAAGACGUACGACUCCAUGCUGGCCCUGCCGCCGGACAUCCAGGCGGCCCGCGCCCUCAUGUGCCUGGCCAUCUUCAUGGGCUGGCUCUCCUGCACCGUGUCCUGCUGCGGCAUGAAGUGCACCACCUGCGCCGGGGACGACCGACGGGCCAAGGCCGGCAUUGCGCUCUCGGGCGGGGUUCUCUUCAUCCUCACGGGCCUGUGCGUCUUGAUUCCCGUCUCCUGGACCGCCAACACCGUCAUCCAGGACUUCUACAACCCCAACGUGCCCCUGAUGCACAAGCGGGAGCUGGGUCAGGCCAUCUACCUGGGCUGGGCGUCCGCUGUCAUCCUCAUGAUCAGUGGAGCCGUGUUGAGCAGCACCUGCCCCCUCAUGGAGAGGAGUGGCCGAUACCGCAGAGGGUACAUCGGCCGGAGCUUUGCUAAUUCACCCGCCUCGGCACCGGAUCCCCCAAAACCCAUCACAUCCAACAGUCUACCCCUGAAGGAGUAUGUAUAG